AUGCCUGCCCCACCACCAGAAAUCGGAAAGUUUGACCAGGACCCGCGCGUGCACAUUGACAAGGCGACGGGCCAGUACCGGUAUGAAGACGAACACACGCACCACGAGUUUGAGUGGACGGGCCGGGCGUGGGUGCCAGUGCUCGACGAGAACCUGAUCAAGGCGCAACAAGCCGCGUACGCCGUGGCAGGCGUGGAUGAGAAUGUGCCCGCUGGCCCAGCACUCGCGCGCGAGGAGCGCCUGAAGAAACGCAAGGCCGAAGGCCCCGAGGGCAAGGCCGCGCCCAAGGCCAAGACAUCCGGCGCGUCCACGCCCGUGUCGGCGCCCAAGAAGACGGCCGUGUUCGUGAGCAACCUCCCGCCGAGCACGACGCCGCAGCUCCUGGCCAGCGUCUUCUCCAAAGCCGGUGUCCUCCUCGUCGACGACCGGGGCGAGCCGCGCGUCAAAAUGUACAAUGACGCAGAGGGCAAGUUCAAGGGCGAGGCGCUGGUCAUGUAUUUCAAAGAAGGCAGUGUCGACCUCGCGAUCACGCUCCUGGACGACACGGAGCUCGAGCUCGGCGGCGGAUUCGGCAACAUGCGCGUCCGUGUGGCCGAGUACGACAAGAGCAAGAAGACGGAGGGCGCAGAGGGUAAAGAGGGAAAGGGAGAGGGAGAGGGGGCUCCUGCUGCUGCUGGGGGUGCGGGAACUGGGGAGAAGACCGAGAAGAAGAAGCUGUCUGCCGAGGACAAGCGGCGGAUGACCAAGCGCAUGCGCACGCUAGAGAGCAAACUUGCGUGGAACUCUGGCUCGGACUCGGACACGCCCGGCCCGUCCGUCGCGCCCCAGCCGUCGCGCUUCAACCGCGUCGUCGUGCUCAAGGGCAUGUUCCUCCCCGAGGACCUGGCAAAGGAGCCCGAGCUCCUCCUCGAGCUCAAGGACGACGUGCGCGAGGAGGCCGAGUCGCUCGGCACCGUCACCAGCGUGGUCCUCUACGACAAAGAACAGGACGGAGUCAUCACCAUCAAGUUCAAGGAGCCCGCAGCGGCGCAGGCGUGCGUCUUGGCGUGGCAGGGACGGUACUUUGAUCGUCGCCGGAUCUCCGCGGGACUGUACACGGGCGAACGCUAUCGCAUGUCCAGGGGACAAGACGACGACUCGGACGCGGAGAAGGAGCGGUUGGAUAACUUUGCGGACUGGCUCGCGGGAGACGAGUGA